UAAGGUGGGGGGGUACGGUUAAGAUGGAGGGCGGGCGCUUGCAGAGCUAAAUAAAGGCUCGGAAAUGAGGCAGUUACUGUACCAGAGGCUCUGGGGAUCCGUCAGCUGCAGUUUGAGGCAGAUUCAUCGCAAUUCAGCCGCCGCCAUGUCCAUCAAGGUCGGUGAUAAAUUGCCCCCAAUCGACGUCCAUGAGGGGGACCCUCACUGCGUUGUCAACAUUGCCGAGCUCUUCAAGGGCAAGAAGGGGAUCCUGUUCGGCGUUCCCGGAGCCUACACGCCAGGAUGCAGUAAGUCUCACUUGCCCAGCUAUGUUGAGAAGUAUGAUGAGCUCAAGAAGAAGGGAAUGGAUAUCAUCGCUUGCAUUUCGGUCAACGAUGCUUUCGUCAUGAGUGCCUGGGGGAAGGAUCAGAAAGCUGAUGGAAAGGUGCGAAUGUUGGCAGAUCCCACUGGAGCCUUCACACGAGCUGUGGGUCUCGAGUUGGAAAAGGAGCAGUUAAUCGCGGCUUUGGGGAACAAGAGGUGCAAGAGAUUUGUAAUGGUGCUCGACAAUGAUAUUGUGAAGGAGCUGAAGGUGGAACAGGAUGGAACUGGCCUCUCCUGCAGUCUGGCCUCCCAUGCCAUGCAGCUCAUCUGAAAGCUCCAGGGAGCUGGUUUCAGGCUGUGCAGACCCUGGUGACUGACUGCUGAGGCAUUGGGAGUGUAACAUUGUGUGAAUGUAACCCUUUAAUAAAAGUAUUACAACUUGA